GCUUUGUGACCUUCCCUCGUCCUGCUCAAUCGCUCUCGCUCGUUCUCCAAUCCAGUCAUUACAAAAUCAUGUCCGCAUUCACCUCCAAGAAAUUCGUCAAGUUCCUCGUGCCUUCCGUUCUCUGUACUCAAUAUGCUGCUGCGAUUACAUCGCUAUAUAUUCCUGGCUUCGAUCCUCAACCCGUGACUGCCAAUGAGCUUGGCGUUGGCUCCGACGGUCUCACCACUUGGUUAAUUGCUCCCGGAGUCUCCAGCGGUACUCUGGAUGACAGUGGUUUCUUCGGCCCAGCCACCCUGGUUCUCGGUCCUACCACUGCUGCGCUCACGUACAUUGACCCCACCGUGGGCAUGUCGUUAAUAGAGAACUGCAAUAUCCAGAACGGAGAAGCCGUCUGCGUCGACGUCGUUGGAGUUGCUGCACAGGAUGGCGUGUCUGCCACCACGGUAACGCAGACCGAGAUCGAGUCAGUCCAGCCAUUCGCAGUGCAGACCGGCGGCACACCUGGAGCAUCAGUCACUCCUGGCGUCACCCAGACAGCCUUGCCUACGGGCACCGCGUCGGGCGGCCCCGCUGCUACAUCCAUCGACGCCGGCUCUUCGCCCGCGGCCGCUACUCCAAAUGCCGGCUCAUCAAGCGGCUUUGUUACCAGUUCUGCCUCGUCGGCGUCCGGUUCAGGAUCUGCCAAACCCCCCUCGUCCACUACCGGCGGUGCGGCCAGUGUGCGCUCCCUCUCCUUGGCUUCAUUCCUUGUUGUGGGGGCCGUCGCCGUGCAUAUGGUGGUGGCUUGA